AAAACUAUGAUCUUUUAUACGAUCGUCUUUCCGGCUAUCAGUAAGUUAAGAAGAUAACUCCAUCUGUUUGUCAUCAGUAACAGAGCAGCGGGCAUCGCACUGGGUGGACCAGAGGAACUAUUGUUGCGGUCUCACGCAAAGGUCGAUCAGUGGCUGCUGUCGCAGUUCACCAACGACCAAAGCCAAGGACUUCGGCAGUUGUCUCGUAGCCCAAUACCACCUCCUAGGCAUAUGUUUAAAAUGGAUGCCGCUGAUUUCUGGCAGCAGGCACGAGCUCCAUUUGGACUACACCCACUGCCUUCUAACAACCACCAGCCACAGCAUCAUCAUUCUCAUUCCCAAUCGCAAUCUCAAUCUUUAUUAAAUCAACAGCAGCAACAUGACCAUUCUGGUACUAUCAACAGUCAUUUGGAACUUAACAGAAAACUGGACCCGACCGAUUCACAUACACAACAACAGCAGCAACAGCAUAUGGAAAAUCAGCUGUUGCAGCAUAAUGUCGAUCUUGGCUAUGAUAAUGAAUCCUUUCCAGUACAGCAACAUCAAUCCGCCAAUCAGUUAAGCAAUCACCAUUUGUUAUUUAAUGCAGCGGCCGCGGCAGCCGCUGCCGCGCACCUCAAGUCUACUGCUAUCCAAAAUCAUAACAGUAAUAGCAACAACAACAACAGCAACGCAAACAACAAUAACAUUUCAGGCGUAUCGGAUCAUUCGGACACCCCGCACUCAUUGCCUCCUCUGCCACUCUCUAUACCACUCCCACUUCCACUGCCACUGACAUCCAUAAAUACCCAAAAUGCAAGCAACUCCAGCAGCAUGACUGUCAAACCAAAGCAAGAGCUGCAGUCGCAACACCACCUCGAAGAUUCCCGUCGACGACAAUCGCACCAAACAUACACUAGAGAAUUCUACGCACCUGGUGAGCAACAGUCUCAAUCUCAGUCGCAGCCGCAAUCUCAGUCAGAUCCCCAACAACAACAACACCACCAACAACGCCAAGCUCAAAGUCCCUCACUGAGUUUACUCAGCAAGCCACUGUCCCAAGGACAACAAUCGCCCCAACAGUCUUUGACUCCAUCUGGCAGCAGCUCCACGCCAGAUAUUAAGUACAGCAAUGAGAAAUUGGCUAACGAGAUUCAGCUACAGCUAUCUCGAUCCAGCAGCGCGGCCGCAAUAAGUGAACGUACCCUCGAAGAAUGUUGGUCUACCCUGCAACGACUAUUCAUGCACAAAAGCGCGAUGCAACAAAUCCAACAGCAGAUACCUCGGGUCGGAAUGGGGGCGCAUGGCGUAUCCAGUACGGCUAGUAUGGGAGGUGGUAUCACGCCCGGGGUGGAGACAAAGCCCCAUCAGUGCCAACAGUGUAUGAAGAGUUUCUCUAGCAAUCAUCAGCUCGUGCAACAUAUACGUGUUCACACCGGAGAGAAACCCUACAAAUGCUCCUACUGUGAUCGUAGAUUUAAGCAGCUGUCCCACGUCCAACAGCACACGCGUCUUCAUACUGGUGAGCGUCCGUACAAGUGUCACCUGCCAGACUGUGGGAGAGCUUUUAUUCAAUUGUCCAAUCUGCAGCAACAUCUACGUAAUCACGAUGCACAAGUUGAGCGCGCCAAGAAUCGCCCCUUUCACUGCAAUAUAUGCGGCAAAGGCUUUGCAACCGAAUCGAGCCUUCGCACACACACAUCCAAGGAGCUACAGCUGCAUCUUGGUGUCUUGCAGCAGCAUGCAGCACUGAUUGGUGGUCCUAAUGCAACAUCCUGUCCAGUGUGUCACAAGCUCUUUUUGGGUGCUGAGGCUCUCAUGGAUCAUAUGAAGCACGUCCAUAGCGAUAAGACAAUGUCCCCGCCUCCCUCGACGGCGCCUCCGUCCUCAAGCGAUCCACCGGCUCAAUUAUGUGAUGGUCCACUAAGUGGACAAUGUGGCCCGACGACAGUUGCCUCUACCUCGGACUCAGGUGUUCAGUCAAGUGAAAACUACCUCGGAAAGCGCAGAACAGCAAAUCAUCCCUGUCCCGUCUGCGGCAAGCAUUAUGUGAAUGAAGGAUCUUUACGCAAACAUCUAGCAUGUCACGCGGAAAGCUCGCAGCUUACAAGCAGCCUGCGCAUGUGGCCAUGCUCCGUUUGUCAGGCUGUUUUUACACAUGAAAACGGUCUACUCACACAUAUGGACCACAUGCGUAUGGAUCCGAAGCAUCAGUUUGCCGCUCAAUACGUUUUGUCACGGGCGGCAGCGGAGCAACGUGAGCGCGAAUCUCUGUUGGCAGCAGCUACGUUAGCUGCAACAUCUGCCACUGGAAGCGGAUUGGGCGGUGUUGGAGAUACUGUUGGUUUGUUGGAAGCGGGUCCAUCGUUGUGUCCAUCACCAUCAGCAAAUUCUGAAUGCUCCUCAACUGGACGCCUAUCCUCGUCAUCAACCUCUGAACCGGACCACGAUCAAGAUCAAGAUCAGGGCCUGACUGAAAAUGCAAAUAAUAAUAAUAAUAAUAAUAGUAGUAGUAGUAAUAAUAAUAAUAACAUAAACAAUAAUAACAAUAAAAUUGACAUCAACGACCUGAGACUUUCCAGUGCAAGCCAGUACACAAUAGACGCGGAGCUUCAUGCGAAUAGAAUGUCUCUGAUGGCAGCUGCCUCGGCAGCUGCUGCCGCUGUGGCUGCGUCAGCUGGUUCCAGACAGACACAGGAAGGUGUUGAUGGAGUUGCUGGCGCUACUGCGAAUCAAGGAAGUAGUGCUGCCGUCCAGGCAGCAGUUGUCAAUCUUGCUGCUGCCAUGCGUAUGAACAAUACGGCCAACCAGCAUCAACACCAUCGCCAACAUCAGCAUCAACAGCAACAACAAACCCAUGGUGAUCAUUCGCUUCAUGCCCAGAUCUCAACACAUCACCAACAGCAAGCACAGCCACAGACCCAUCAAAAUCAACAUCAUCACCAGCAUCAACAACAGCACUUGCCACUGCUGUCUCCAUUAGGCGGUCAGCAGUCGCAUCAUGGUGCCACUUUGCACCGCUCACAGCCAACACUUAAUGUGCCCAGCCUGCAAAUGGCGACAGAUACUACUUCAUCAGUGAUGAUGAGCAUGAUGCGCGGCUCGUUAGAUACCAGCCUGAGCGGCAUGCAUCCAAUGGAAGCGCUACAUCACCAACACCAGCAUCAGGUUUCCAGUUUCCCGCAACAGGCAACCAACAUACAGCAUCCAGCUUCAUCUAAUCUGCAGCACAGCCACCAUCAUCCGGAAACAGCACUACGCAUGCACCAGCAAGCCGAGGCUAUAUUGCGCUCUCAUACUGAGGCAGCUUUUCGGUUGGCUGCCUCCGUGGCUGCCACAAAUGGAGUCGGUAACACGAUCGCCAACUCAAGUUCCAAUGCUGUACCCAAUUCAACUACUUCCUCCACUGCACCUGAUGCUGGGUGCGUCAAAACCGAAUCUACAGUACAACAACAUCAAAAUGAAAGUGAUUUUCACACGUCGCCACAACGAUUUUCCUUAGGACAAAAUACGCAACAAGAGCAACCAGCUCACAACAGCUCAUGAAAUUGAUAAGUUACCGAUCUGUAUUUAUUGUCUGACCCAAACAUGCGAUUGUGGGAUAAGGAACAACGAACAAAGCUAUGAUGCUAAACAAAUAUGUAUUUAGUUGAGCCUCAGGAAACUGCAUGCUACUACUUCAUAACACCAUUUACAAUGCCUACAAUUACAAAACAAAAACAGACCUUUCUCAUCACAUUCUUCAAUUGUAUAU